GGGAGGGCAGGGGAGGCAGGGGGAAGGAGCGGAGGUGCGACACAUCACAGCUCUCAGAAUCAAGCAGCCAACAAGAAGCGCGCCUACAGUCUUCAAACCGUCCACCUGGAGAACCGACCUGCUCCGACUGCGCGCAAACUUUACGCUGCAGCACCAUGUCCAGCGGAGGAAAGACCCGCGAACGCGCCACAUGAGGCGGACCAGAGAAACUGAAAACACCGCUCUUUAAAGUUUUUUUUCUCUGCUGGCAAAGACCUCCGUGACACCUGACAGAAAAAAAAAAGAAAGCAAGGAAAAGUGAAAGUUUUUUUUCCCCCCCGCCGCUCCUUUGACACUUUGGUCGACUUGGGAUUGCUUGGACUCAGCGGCGUGUCUUUUUAUGUUCAGCCGAGGAGACGCGUAGAUUUUCGGGGUGGUCCUCUCUCUGGAAGGUGACAUGCAGGUUCUCGGCUGGACCACAGUCCUCUUCUGCCAGUGGAUCCUGCACAAGGUCCAAGGAUUGGAGAAAAUAGACUUCACAGAACUGAGCCCUAUCGGGACGGUGAUGAAGUCUAUGCCACAUGGCAUGGCUGGAGGCUCAGCUGGAGGAGUUAAGCCUCCAUACCAAACCCGCAUAUUCUCCACAUCCAUUGAUCAGACGCCCCUGAAGUCCAAACCACCCACCUAUGGUUUCUACAGCCCAUUUGACUCAGGCCGGAACCAGUCCCUGCUGCUCGAUCAGACAGGCUACCGCUCCAAGCGUAAGCCUUCCCUAAAGACAAACAUGAAGACCAAGAAGAUCUUCGGUUGGGGAGACUUCUACUUCAGCGUUAAGACCGUGAAGUUUAGCUUGUUGGUGACGGGGAAGAUCGUGGACCACAUCAACGGAACGUUCACCGUUUACUUUCGCCACAACUCGUCCAGCCUUGGGAACGUGUCGGUGAGCAUCGUGCCGCCGUCUAAGGUGGUGGAGUUUGAGGUCCUCCAGCAGCAGCAGCUGCACCCUCACACCCAGCAGGACAUCCAGAUCCAGGACACGCAGCAGUCCACCAUCGACCCCAAAGAGGGGAAGACCCUCAACUGCAGGGUCGAGUAUGAGAAAACCGACAGGUCAAAGAAAUCCAAACCCUGCCUGUACGAUCCAUCUCAGACCUGCUUCACGGAGCACACUCAGUCCCACGCUGCCUGGCUUUGUGCCAAACCCUUCAAGGUGAUCUGCAUCUUCAUCUCGUUUUUAAGCUUUGAUUACAAGCUUGUUCAAAAAGUGUGUCCGGACUACAACUUUCAAAGUGAGCGCCCUUAUUUCGGAUAAGCAGGAGAGACUCAAGUGAACACAAGUACAAAGACAAUGUUAAUGAUCACAACAAUGAGUAUAAUGAAGAUGAUGGAAAUGAUGCUCAUAUUUAUAAUAAGUGAAAAAGCGUGGGACGAUUUUAUUUUCCCUCUGAACUGAUGUGAAUCGUGGAUCUAAAUAAUGUAUAAUCAGAGUUAGGGAUGAUUAGGGUCUGGUGGAUCUCUCUGAUUUAUUUUCCAACUUUGUAUUUGUUAACCUUCGUUUUUAUGUUUUCUUUUCUGUAAAUAAUGUACUCAUCCCCAGCAGACUUUAUUGUUUUUAGAUAUAUGUUUCUCGGUGUUAUUACUUUCUGCGGUUGGAAAAUUCAGUUAAAAACAAUCCGAAUGGGUAUUAUUAUGCCCUCUGAGUACAGACGGAGCCUGUUAGGCAGCUGUGCAAUGCCAUCACUGUGUGGCAGACAUAAUGUUAUGGUAGACUGACUGUUAAUCAUCCUCUCAGCUCUACAUUUCAAACCAUGGAUAUAAGAGAGUUAUAUGUAUGAGAAAUGCUAUGCUGGAUAUGCAUACAAUAUACUGUAUGAACAAGCACAUUAAAAUCUCUUUAACUGUC